AUGGAUUCUGAAUUUUUGCAGAAAUAUAGCAUUAUGCAAUGGGACGAGUACAUGAUGCUGAAUAGAGAACGUUCAUCAAUCAAUAAAAAAAUCUCCGAUAAAGUUAUCACUAAGCGUGAGUUGCUGUUGCAUUUUAAAAUAGAGUUGAGUUUGCUCAAGUUGUGUAAAAGAAAAAUCAAAGGGUUGGGCAAUACUAAUGAGGUUGUCGCCAAUCAAGCACUCGUCUUUUUGUGCGAUAACAUUAUUAUCAUAUUUCACAACAUACACUUUUAUUUCAACAUUGGCCAGGAUCUGUUAACUACAUUUAUCAACGUUUGUGAAGAUAAUGUAAGCUGCUUAAAUGCAAAACAGUUAAAUAUUUUAAUGGAAGUUGUUAUGAAACAUACACCAUCUAAUCAAAAUAUUUGGAUAAGACUAAUAAAGCUCUAUUUGAAUUUAAAAAGCUUAGAACCUGAUGCGCUGCUGUGUGCUUUUGACCAAGGUGUUCGUGCAUUAGAUGAUGCAUUACCUUUAUGGAAGACUUUAAUUAGACAUGUGCAAUAUAAGCUUCCAGAAAUAGUUUCAAAGUUAUAUGAACAAGCUACAAAAGGUACAAAAGAUUUUUACAACGAAAGACUUUCUUUGGAAAUCAGACCUAAAUAUUUAGAAUGGUGCAUAGGGUGUAAAGACAUAAAUGCUGCUCGACACCUAUUUAAUGAACUAAAAGAGUUAAAGCCAGCAUGUCGUAAAUUGUAUUUAGUAAUGAUAGCCAUUGAACGUGAUGAACCAAAUUAUGAAUUAGAUACAGUAAGAAAAUUGUAUCAAGAAGUAACCAAAUUGUGUGGCCACGAUAAUAUUGGAGUGUGGAUUGAUUACAUGCGUUUUGAACAAGAGUAUGGCAACAAGAGACUUAUAAAUGGGAUUUGUUGUACAGCAAUUUGUAAAUUGCAAAAGGAUUUAUUUAGUACUUUGAUGGAAGAAAAACGCGGUCUUGACAGUGAACUUUGGUCAGCUUUAAGUAAAGAAGUUAUAGUUAUUGAUGAAUGA